UUUCUUCAAACUCUCAACAUUGUCCCCGACUUUCCCGGUCUUCCAGAAUUCCCGGGAAAAGGGAGGCAGGAGGCAGCACGAAGCAAAUGAGAAGAGCCGCCAAACUCCGACAAAGACGGGGGGAAAAGCCGCGACAAGUGACGCGAAACACAGGCAGAGUGCGGGAGGUGCGUGUUUAGGGUUGCUCUUGCCUAACGUCGACAGCGUCGCCGCCGUCUGUUGGUUGGGCGUCUUCUCUGGAAAGACUUUUGUUCCCGCAAGUUGUCUGCUUCACCUUUUUCACGCUGUAUUCUCUCGAAGUCUUCUGCCGCUUCUCUGAAAGCCGGUUCACAGCCGAGAAAAUGGCAAAAAAAGGCAAGCCAACAGCCUCAAAGGCGCAAAACAAAAUCCCCCCCGUGUCGGCUCCUCAGCCCGAGUCGAGCGAUGAGGAAGUCGAGUCUUUCAGAAAAACCGCUGGGCCGAGUGUCUUCACGCUCGUGUCUGGAAAAACGAAGGAAGGAAAAAACAGACACACAGGCCGUUCCGGCAGCCGACGCACAGACGGCAGUCCGGCGUUCUCUGACGGGGAAGACGCUGAGGAGAGUGGAGACGAAAUGGGAACUGGAAGCCGAGCCUCGAUGGCUUACGACGCCCUGCGGUCAGGCGCGCACCGCAGCAGUCCAGGACCCGCGGGUUCCCCCGGCGAGGAGGCGCGGAAGCGCCAAGGAAAACGAGAAAAGGCGAAGAAUGCUCCUCGCUCAGGCAAGAGAAAGGAGAAGGAGGAAGGCUUCUCUCUGGCGGGGUUGAAGGCACGGCUGUUCGACUCCAGCACUCCUCUGAGGAGUCGUCUUCUGCGGUGGCUUGUCAACGCAUGCGUCGCGCUCGCAAUCAUCGGCGUCUUCGCACUGAAAGCUGCAGAAGAGUAUUACGGCCAAGACGAAGACACGGGAGGCCAGCAGACCGAGCAGCACUUGGCAGCUCUUCAGCUGGACUCUGGCGCCACGGAGGCCGACAUCCGCAAAGCGUACAGAACCUUGUCUGUUCGAUGGCACCCUGACAAGAAUCCGGGGUGUGCGGGAUGCCAAGCGCGCUUCACUGAAGUGGCCGUCGCGUACGAGUAUUUGAUGAAGGCUCAGAAGAAAAAGAAGGAGAGCAACGGCGCAGGCGAGCGAGAGCGCCACAGAGGAGACGGCGAAGACGCUCUUGCGCGCACCAGCAAAGACAUCAUCGACCUCACUAGUCUGGGCCCAAAUGACACCUUUUACCCUGCUUCAGGCCGACACGUCUGGACAAUCAUGCUGCACAAUGACAAGGACGAAUUCAGCGAGCAUGUGAUGGAAAUGUGGGAGGAAACAGCGUUGACGCUGGGGAAAUACUUCAAGUAUGGGGUCAUCAAUGUGAGGAAGAACAAGGACCUGACGAAACGUCUUCCUGUCAAUAUCAAAAUUUUCCCGGCAAUCCUCGUCAUGUCGAGCGGCAUGCAUCCCGAGGUGUAUCCCGCAAUCACGCGGCCGUCCGUGGAGAGCAUUUACAGCUUUAUCGCUCGCAGCUUCCCAAAUCCAAUCGCGAGUCUCUCCUCUGCUGCGGAGGUGCAGGCCUUCCUGUCUGCCUCGACUGCGCCGGGAGUCUCUGCUCUCGCCCAGCCGUACAAGCUGGUGGUGGUUCCCUCGCGUUCGUCUCCAACUGUUCCUUCGCUUCUUCUCAAGCACGCUGCUCACAAGUACCUGCCUCUCUUCUCCUUCGGCUACGUGCACAACUUGGAGAGUCUGUUGGCCAGCAAAGCGGAAACGAAGGACCUCUUUGCGGUGCUUCAAGAUCCCCCGCAGUGGCUGACUGACGGCGAGAAGGCGAUCAGCGCCGCGAAACAGACGCCGCUCGAAUUCGCUGAAGAGGACUUGCGCUCCUCUCUGGUCUUUCUGCUCUUCGUUGACGAGGGCAAGGGCGUCCGGAGAUUCGUCGAGAAACUGACGGUUCGGAAGUCGCGUGUGACGCAGAACGCUCUCUUCGCGCAGCUCCACAACCUGCUGGCCUCCUUCCAACAGCACAUCCAUCCGUACAUCUACCAACAGAACGCCGCUCUCUUAUGCCGAGGCACACUCGAGCAGCGGGUGUACACUCUCGUUCGAGUUGAGGGUCCGAAGAAGGAAGGCGAGAGCGGCUUGCAGAAGACCUCCCCAGACGCGGUUCUUUCUGCCGAGGAAAUCAGCGUCCUUCUCCAGCGUUCCCGGGAGAAACUUCUCAAGGACAAGGCAAAGGACAAGCCGCAAAGGAGUGCAAAGGAGCCAGAGAACGGCGACGACGAGGACUCCGAGGAAGAAGGGGAAGAAGAAGAAGUCCCUGUGGAAGAAGAGGAAGGAAGCAAAGACGGAAGUUUCUUUGUUCAGACGGUCCGUUUGUCUCUGGACGCGCCUCCGCUGCUACCGUCGCUCCCGGGUCUGUCGACAUCUUCUCUCUUCUUCUCGUUCUGGAAAGACGAGCUGGAUUUUUCGAGACUCUUUCUGCUCGACUUGGACGGCAGUCGGUUUCUCUCGCUGCAUGACGCCUCCACCCCACCGACUGGCCAGACGGGCUCGAGUCAAGAAACUGAGGCUGAGAAGCAGCGACAGAGAAGUGUAUUGGUGGAACUGUAUCAGCUGUUGGAUGCGCAACAGUACAAGUCCGACGACGAAGAAACUGAUGAAAAGCACCUCGAUUUCCAGCCUCUCCCCGACUACUGCGAUGUGCACCAGUUCACUAAACGAUGCCUUGCCAGUGCCUCACCGGCGUGGUACUGGUCUGCGGUCUACAGCUUCUUCGAUUUCUCGUGGAACCACGUUCUCCUUCUGGCCAUUGUGGUGGCACUCUAUUUCUUGGGCGGCGGCUUGAGCUCUGAGAUGGUUGUCAUGCUCGUGUUGGGCGGCUCUCUGCUGAUUGGUGGCUGGUCGAACUUCCAGGCGAUAUUCAACUUUUUUAUGGGUGUGGGACGGAAGUGAAAGGGAACGAGGAAGAGAACAGGCGCCCCGCAGAAUCACGGGGCUGGUGGCUUGUUGGCUGUACCUGUGGACUUUGACUCCUGAAACGUCUUCUGAGAGGAAAGAGAAACAAUGAAGGAAGGGGAAGGAGGGGAGCCGGCGUGCCUUCGGCGCAAGAAGUGACAGGUUUCUUAGAGCGCACAAAGAGAGCCAUGCCUCUUGUCUCGGUUUCCCUCCAUGAGGAGAGGCGCUCCGCGAGUGUCGUUGUCGACGUUGCCUCGCGUUGACUGCUGCUCACUGUCCUUCUCGUGGUACUACACUGUCUAGGCGUCGCAGCUGCCCAGGAUGCAGGCGGCCCGCCGGCGCGAUGUAUUUGUCUGGGUGUUGCGUUCGGUUUGCUGGAGAAAGAGAACAGCCGAAAGGGACGAGGCACGGCUGUCCUGUUUCCUCGCCCACUGCGUCUCCGUCAGGCCAGUUCCGGUUGUCUCCCCGUGUCUUCGGGGGGGUUCGAUUUUUCUGUGCUGUUUGGGCAACUGCGAACCUACAGACCUUC